AUGACACAUUCCAAUGUCUCCCACACCGUCUGCUCCUGUGAUCAUCUCUCCACCUUUGCGGUCAUCAUGGCUCCCUGUGAUAUAAAGAAAGAUCGUGGCCUUCUCUUCAUCUCACGCAUUGGUCUUGGUGUAUCUGUUCUCUGUCUCUUUCUAUCUCUUGUCACAUUCCUCCUGUGCCGGUCCCUAAGGAGCGCUCACACCUCCAUGUUGAUAGCACUAUGCGGAUGUCUCUUUCUGGGACAGCUGAUCAUCCUGUUUGGCCUACCCCAAACCCAGUUUAAAAUACUCUGCUCUAUCAUUGCUGGCUGUCUCCAUUACAUUCUCCUCUGUGCUUUCUGCUGGAUGACUCUGGAGAGUGUCCUCCUCUUCCUCACUGUGAGAAACCUGAAUGCAAUGAACUACUUGACAUCCCGACGCUCUCACUUCCCAACUGCCUGUAUCAUUGGGUUUGGGGUUCCCGCAGUCAUAGUGGCCAUCUCAGCAGCAGUUUAUUCUAAAGCAUAUGGUACAGGGAAAAGUUGUUGGCUCAGUCUAAAUCUCAUUUGGAGUUUCCUUGGCCCAGUUUGUGUCUUCAUCACUAUAAAUACCACACUCCUGAUUUUGACUUUCUGGCUUCUCCGAGUGAAGCUUGCAUCUCUGAACACAAAUGUCUCAAGUCUUAAGAACACACGGUUACUGGCCUUCAAGGCCCUGGUUCAGCUGUUCAUACUUGGAUCUACUUGGAUCCUUGGCUUCUUCCAGUGUGGACCUGGGGCCAUUGUGGCAUCGUAUCUGUUCACCAUCUGCAACAGCCUUCAGGGGGCAUUCAUCUUCCUUGUGCACUGCCUGCUCAAUCACCAGGUAAGGGAGGAAUAUCACAAAGUUUUCCGUCGACUUAAUUUUAAGAAGCCAGGAUCACAGGGUGCAUUGGGCAACUCUGUUCCUAUGACCCUGAAAUCAGUAACUGCACUUGGAACUCUGAAACCAGAUAUUUUCGUAGAUCGUUCUUGCUGCAAGAAAGUCUUUGCCAAACUACUCGGCAUGCAAGAUCUGAGGUGCUCCAGCUUUAUACAGGAGACAGAUUAA